CUCCUUCUGCCGCUUUGCCACAGGCCUUUGAGAAGAAUUCAAGAAUCGAGAAGACCGCUAACCUUGUGCUAAGCCUAAGGAAUAUUCCGAACAUAUCAAGGCUCGCCACACAUUUACGAUCAUUCACGAUCCUCUGGAGUCGUCAACUCAUCCAUGGACAUGGGCUACUGGCAUCACUGGCAUGUCCAAUGACGGCCGUGGAAUUCAUCUGCCUCAUAUGAUUUUUAUCUUCAGACUCGCCGUGAGGCAUUCCUGUCCAACUCCGAGUCCGAGGAUGCCGUUCGCGAAGCGCUGCAGGGUGACGCUAACUUAGUUCUUGAAUCUUGACAGAAUGGCAGUUCCGUCAAGAGCCGAAUGUGCUUGUAUGCGUGCCUGCUUGGUCCCAACGGAUACCUCCACAGGUGAUGGACUUCAGUCAAUCUUCCCUUGGCUAAAAGAUUUUCAUUUUAUUGCUGAUGACGCCGUUCAUCUUGGGAUUCUCUUCUACUUCAUGGCUUAAAGGGCUUGAAAUCCUUUCGGAAGAGGAAAAACAUCUGGAACAAGAACGCGAAAUGUUUAUCCCUAAGGGCUUGGACCUCGGAUACUGGCGACGCAGUCACGAACCGUAUCUGUCGAUGUGUUCUAGGGUGGCGCAACUACUGGAUCGAGUGUCACUCGCUUGGAGCCUCAGAUCUCGGCCAAUGAAUCACAUUGCACGUCUGGGAGCUGAUUCCCAUCAUUGGGUACUUGUUUCGUUCAGCAAGGACAAAUGUCGCAAUGUCGUUUUGUAUGCUAAUUUGUCAUCGAAAUAUAUCAUCGCUACUCUACCUGAUCUUCCCAUAAGACACAAGGAUGGAAAUAAUCAAGUCCGAGACCGAUUCACACAAGUUUAUCCAAGUCCCACGGAUAUCUGUUGUGGGCACGGAGAGGUCGGUAGUGCCUACUUGGUGAAUAUCACGCGCCCUUGUUCCCACAAAGCGUUCGAGUAUUCGAGCAUUUUGGACUUGCUUCCCACCGGAGUAGCAAAGGACAUAUGGCGGCGCGGCUAUCCGAAGCGGAAACGCGUAAUUUGGUAUCGAGAUGCUAACGGGAUGGUGUUAGAAAGCAAAGGAAGGGGUGGAGAUUGCGAGAGUGGAUGAGAGACGCGGAGAAGGCAAGCUCUACGAAAUUUUGACGUACCGUUAUGGAUUUGGUGUUGUUCAGCACAGUCAGUUGUUAUCACGGAGUUUACAAAAAGAAGAUGAAGAUGACUUGUCUCAUUGUAUAUUUUCUUCGGUAACACAUGAACUUUGCCAAUAAUACUUUGCCUUUGCA